CGCCUAUAAAUACAAACCAUGAGCUCAUAUAUCUCCUCAUCAAUCAAAAACAAAAAACAUUCAAUAAUAAAUAAAUAUAUCGUUUUUAAAAAAAAAAUGGCAGACAACAAGCAGAGCUUCCAAGCCGGUCAAGCCGCUGGUCGUGCUGAGGAGAAGACUAAUGUGCUGGUGGACAAGAUCAAGGUUGCUGCUACCUCAGCUGGAGCUUCUGCGCAAACCGCGGGGCAGAAGAUAACAGAGGCUGCAGGAGGCGCUGUUAAUCUUGUGAAGGAGAAGACCGGCAUGAAGAAGUAGCCCAUUCGAGCAUAAAACUGGGAGUUAUAGUAUCCCUUUUUAAAAAAAUUAAUCGUUGUGGUUUUAAAUAAAAAUUGGGUGUUCUAAUUAAUUCUCAUCUUCAUCGUAGUUGUUGUUGUUGUUGUUGUUGUUAGUGUUUGAAUUAAUGCUUUCUCCCUUUUAGGUGUAAGUUUGGAUGUUUAUGUAUUUAAUUUCCCGCUAAUGAACAUCUGAUUUAAGCUCCAA